AUGGUCGACAUACUCCCCAUCUCGUCGUUCCCGUCACACAUCUCGCUCCUCCCGUCUAUCCAACAAUGCAACCUCACCAACCUCCCGGAGAACUACUUCCUGAAAUACUACCUGUACCACGCCCUGACAUGGCCGCAACUCUCCUUCGUCGCCGUCGUGCGCGGACCGGGGUCUAAACCCAGCGCCUACCCCAAAGUUGUUGGGUACGUGCUCGCAAAGAUGGAGGAAGACCCACCGGACGGCGUGCAGCACGGGCAUAUCACUUCGCUGUCGGUGAUGCGAACACACCGCCGUCUAGGCAUCGCAGAGAAGCUUAUGCGCAUGAGCCAGCGCGCGAUGGCCGAGGUCUUCAACGCCAACUACGUGAGCCUGCACGUACGCAUGUCCAACGUCGCCGCCCUGCAUCUGUACCGUGACACCCUCGGCUUCGAGGUCGAGAAGGUCGAGAGCAAGUACUACGCCGACGGCGAGGAUGCGUAUGCCAUGAAGAUGGAUUUGAGGCGCUUUCAGAUCAAGGAUGUGCCCGAGAAAGAUGAUGACGAUGAGGGGGAGGCGGUGGGCAGUCUAGGUGGAAAGGAUGGUGCGGUUAAUGGCGAGGGCGAUGGGAAGAAGGAGAAGAUGGUCAAGGUCAAGGUUGGCCGGAGCUUGGGGGUGGGCGAUUUGGUGGAGAAGAAUGAAGGCUCGACGCAGUCUCAGUAUUGA